AUGCAUAUACGGACCUAUCUUUUGGCUCUGUGCCAAACAGCAUGGCAGAUUCGUGGUGUUGCAGCCUCUGUGUAUCAGAGUCGUAUUCAAGAAGUUGGUACUAUUUUCCCAGCACCCGCUGAAUAUGGCACCUGGCAGAUGGUUCCCUACCAGUACAAAUCUAUUUAUAUCGACGACACCACUGCGUUCACCGAGCAGGACAACGGAGUGUGGGAAUUGGCCGAUUACAAUAACGAUGGAACACUCGAUUUGAUCUACAUCCAGAACCGAAACACCGACUCUGGCAAGGUGGAGAUCACCGUCGCUUCUGGUGCAUCAAACUUCAAAUCUUACCUAGUGGAGAAUCUUCACACAGUGUUCGACGUGCAGGUCGACGGCCGCUGGCAGAUGCUAGAUCUCAACGGCGAUGGCACUCUUGAUCUCGUCUACAUCAAAAACAGCAACACGGCCUCCAACUACGCUGAGGUCUAUGUGGCGUCGGGAGCUUCUCAAUUUGCUACGCUGGUUAGCAAGACCGAAUCGAGUCUCUCUAUUAGCAACGAUGGUACCUGGCUCCUGGCUGACUACGGUCUGAAUGGAAUCUAUGAUCUGUUUUUCAUCCAGAACAUCAACACCGCCUCUGGUUAUGUCGAAGUGAAUGUUGCUUCGGGUGCUUCCGGUUAUCAGACCAUCGUCCAGAGUGUUCACACCACCUUCUCGGUUGAGAACAAUGGAACCUGGAUGAUGUACGACUGGAACAAAGAUAAUGUUCUAGACCUCAUUUACAUCAAGCAGGACAAUACUGCGGGUUCUGUUGAGGUUCAUGUGGCCUCGGGCGCAAAUUAG